AUGUUUUCACUACUGAGCGGCUUUUAUGACUACCUCACGCGGAGGCCCGAGUACUACGUUUUGAUUCUGGGGUUGGAUAAUGCAGGCAAAACGACGCUGUCUGAGCAAUUCAAAGUUCUGAAUCGCCCCGGUUACAAAGCCCGUUCUCGCACGGCCCCCACGGUUGGCCUCAACGGUCAGUAUUGCGUACGCAUCACAUUCUGGGACCUGGGUGGGCAAGCAGAACUUCAGGAGCUUUGGCCUAACUAUUACGAAGAAUGCCACGGAAUCAUCUAUGUGGUCGAUUCGGCUGAUCGUGCACGCCUUGAAGAGUCUCGUAUUGCCUUUGAUGCCAUGGUCUCAGAGAAGCCGCUUGAGGGACUUCCAAUUUUAGUGGUCUGCAACAAACAAGACAUUGAGGACGCUAUGACCAUCGCCGAGGUGAAAGGUGUCUUCAACCAGAGCGCGUACAAGCUUGGGGUUCGAGAUUGCAAAGUUCACUCCAUCAGCGCCACCAAUGGG